GUCAGGAUAUGGUUCACUGUUUCCUGCAACUGUCUUUAGUUCUCUUCCUGAUCUGUUUCUAUCGAACAGAUGCUAUCAACUGGUCGUACACCUACGACGGGGACGAUCAACCCGUUUGGAGUCCCGUCAGACGGAGCCCCCCAGCCAGGGACAUCGACAUGCGCACGUGGAGCGGGCUCAGGAAUUAUUGGGGCAAAAGAUCCUCUGCGAUGGCCGUUGUCCCGGUCCCUGUCAGUCGCUGGCGGAGUCUCACCGAUUGGUGGCCCUUCAGCUCGAAUGAGGCCAUGGAGAGGAGCAGGAAGCAAACUGACAACUGGAAUUCACUCAAAGGAUAUUGGGGUUAGGCUGAUUGUCAGAUACUCGAGCCGUUCGACCCCCCGGAACGUACGAAAGGGACCAGUUCAAGCUGGUUCAGCAUGCUACGACUCUGUACACCAUGGAAGGAGCAUGCUCAUCCGUGUGUAGCUGAUUCAUUGACAAUUCACAUUGUCAUGGAACCUAAUAGUUCAUUUCACCGCGUCAGUUCCCAUGGCAUCGGAUUCUUUCGAAGUGAGGAGGGGAACACGAAUAAUAAUCGAUCAUCGAGUCACUCCCCUCAGUUUGUUUCUUGUCCCGCGUGAGGAGGAUUCCAUCGCUGGAUAUGAUCACAUAACUCUCAAGUCGAUCUCGGAUGUAAGUGAGGAA